GCAAGCUUGCCUAAUAUGGGCCGUCGCCCAGUUUGCAGAACGAACCUGGAAAAACCGUACCCUGUAGCCGCCAGGGUAUGCGACGCACUUGGCAUGGACCUUCUGCCGGGUACUGCGGAGAACAAAUUUAUAACGAACAUUAUUAGGUACAACGAAGACUACACGCACCGAGGGAGAGAUAUACUUUACUGGCUCGACGUUCCUCCACCAAGUGGCAACAGCUCCGUGUGCUCUGCAGCCCUUUACGGCGACGACGGCAUCGCGACUGCGCUGUCUGGACUGCAGUGCAACACGUCUCUACAUUCGCUAUGCGUUUUCACCAACAUUGAAAGACAUUCUACAGUGGCGCCUAGCACCAGCGAAACUACCACUGAUAUUGCCAGUGACAAUACUGAUAUUGGCAACGGUACUGUCAGUGAUGUUGCCAGCUAAAUCACUGAUCUUACCUGUACUGGUGGCAGUCACACAAAUGCGAGCAACAGAAAUGCCAGUGCCGCAAAUAAAUUGUUGUAACACAUGGGAGCCGAACGAUGGGUGGUCUCUGGCUGCUUGAUGACCGAUCUUGCAAUAAAACAAGACUGGCAGCGACGUGUAGGCUGCGCGCGAACGCCAGCGUGGU